AUGGGUUGCUCCGUUGGCUUCACAGUUGUUCUUGAGAGCGGUCCAUCAAAAUACAUUCUCUCUAUGUUCCCCUAUCCAUCCGGCAACCUGCACAUGGGCCACAUGCGAGUCUACACGAUCUCAGAUGUCACCGCAAGAUAUUUCCGGUUGAACGGGUUCAAUGUAAUUCAUCCAAUUGGAUGGGAUGCUUUUGGAUUGCCAGCAGAGAACGCAGCUCGGGAACGUGGCGUCGAUCCACGGCAAUGGACGUUAUCUAAUAUCGAGUCAAUGAGAGGUCAGCUACUGAAGACGGGGAUCGUUUUCGAUUGGGAUAGGGAAAUCUCGACAUGCGAGCCGUCCUAUUAUCGCUGGACUCAGUGGAUUUUCCUACGGUUGUACGAGCACGGCUUGAUCCGGCGAACUCUUGCUGAGGUAAACUGGGAUCCAGUAGACAAUACGGUACUUGCUGCUGAGCAGAUAGAUUCCGAAGGAAGGAGUUGGAGAAGCGGUGCUGUCGUUGAGAAACGCAAGUUACGACAAUGGAUGAUUGAGACUCCACGCUAUGCAAAGGUGAGGGUCGACGCAGAAUGCGUUUCGGCUAAGGAAUUGAGAGCAGUUAAAUCGUUCCAGCGCUUGAGCGAUGGCUUGAAGAAGUUGAAUUGGCCCGAAGUGGCUGAUAUUCAGUCUCACUGGAUCGGGAAAUGUGAUGUCUACCGGUUCUUGUUUCCACUGAGGGUGAGUAUUCAUCGCCUUGGUAUUAGUGUUCUGAAUGGAAUUUCCGGCGUAUGGAUGCCAAUCAUUGUGGUUCCUGAAAACUAUGAAGGUCCCUGUAUGCACUUGAAUGCGAGGUGCGGCGAUUUUGUGGCAGAUGCUUCCUUAGUGGAACAGUUCAAAAUCGUACAGGAUCGACGAGCUCUCAUGCCGAUGAAUCUCAGGGACGUCAAAGAGAUCGCUAAGUUUGGCAAUUUUGGUGGAUAUAUGACAUCGCGAACGCUUCAAGAUUGGGUUGUAAGUCGACAACGUUCCUGGGGAACUCCAAUCCCAAGUGAUCUUGUCUCCUGA